AUGUACUUCUCUACCCUCACUAUCGUGUCCUUCCUCUCCUUGCUCGUCGGUUUCACUCAGGCGGCACCCGCUGCAUUCUCUCUCGAAGCUCGCAACGCAACUGAGCUUGCCGCGCGUGACAGUAACGUCCGCUUGACGUGGUACGAUGUCGGACUGGGAGCAUGUGGCAAGACCAACAAGGCCAGCGACUACGUAAGUCCCUAUAUGUCAAGCGCGGAAUUCGGUUCUGGCUAUCCCGGCCCGCACUGCUUCAAGCAGAUCAAGAUCACCGCAAAUGGCAAGAGUGCCACGGCCACCAUUGUCGACAAGUGCCCUGGGUGCUCGAAGGGCGGGCUCGACCUCAGCAAGGGCUUAUUCAGCCACUUCGCCAACCCGGACGUCGGUGUCCUGACCGGCUCAUGGAACUAUGUUUAA